AUCAAGCACACAGGUUAAGCAGCAUUUGUCAUGAUUAAAUCAUUUGAUCAUUAGAAAAAGAUGGCUUUUCAGGCAGGCCUGCAAUGUAGCCCAAGACUUGUACAAUAGUUCACUUCACAUGGCAUGUAGGUUUGUACAUGAGUGAUUGCACAGCUUUGAAAACCAUUUAGUACUCGGUAUAAACCUACAGUUUACCCAUACUACAAAUCCAGUCAUCGGAGGAGCUUGGGAUAUGGGGUUUGACACAACAGGCUUCACAUGCUGUACCAUGGGAGGGUUUCACAGGCUUAUUGAGUCAAAUGAUACUGCACGACCAGCCAGCAAGUCAACAUUCUCUGCCCUGAGACUGUUAAAAGAAUGCCACUAAAGGAAAGGUUUGUACAAAGAAAAAAAUGUGUAUGCAUGCUGGUAAGGGUAAGAUGAGGCAUCGCAGAUGGAGCUAAUGCAGAGGACCAUUCAUGUACAACGAAGACGCCAGUGUCCCCAAAGCCUUCAGAAAUAUCCCAGGUAUCACUCUGCAGAAUGUGAACAAACUGAACCUCCUGAGGCUUGCAUCUGGACUGAGUGCUUUCCGCAAGCUGGAUGAGCUGUACGGCACCUGGCGUAAACCUGCUUCCUUGAAGAUCGGCUACAACCUGCCCAUACACAAGUUGACCAACACAGAUCUGAGCAGGAUUCUGAAGAGUGAGGAGAUCCAGAAAGCACUUCGUACACAAAACAAGACCAUCAACCGCAGAGUACUGAAGAAGAAUCCUUUGAAGAACUUGAGGAUAAUGCUGAAGCCCAAGAAGGACCCUGGAAAGAAGGAGCACCUCACAAACCCAAGGCAUGCAACUAUACUUGCUAUACUGUCUUGCUUUAGAAAUAAAUACAUUUUCAAAUAUAAGAGUCAGACCCGUCAUUCAAAAUUGAUUCACAAGACCAUUUAUUUCACAUAA